GCGGCGCGCAGGCGCGGGGCCGGGGCCGGGGCCGGGCGGCGGGCGCUGGGCCGCGGAUGGAAGAGGCGAAGGGGCCGAGCGGAUCCUUGAUGGCGGGUCACGGCCCGGAGAGCUGGCUGUCCCGCUGGGAGCGCCAGUGCCUGGAGGAGGACGAGCGGCAGGGGCUCGGGCCGGAGAGCGGGGCCGGCGCUGCGGAAACCGACGCCCAGAGGCAGCGGCUGUGGCUGUCGUUCCAGAACUCGGCGAGCGCCAUCGCCCAGCUGUAUAAAGAUCGAGUGUACGAGCAGCAGCUGGGUAUCCAGAGCCUGUGGAAACCAUUUCAGGCUGCAGCUACUUCUGUCACCUGCCUGUACAAAGAUGGGCUUGAAACAUACAGAGCAAGCUUGGAUUUGGGCGUGCAGGGAGGUUAUCAAAGGCGAAAUAAGGAAAUGCUGGCCUGGGCAAAAAAGAGGAGACACGUCAUCCACCGUGAGGACUUGCUGAGCUUCCUGUGCAGAAAAUCACCACCGUCAAGAAGCAGCAGACUGGCUCCGCGUCUAAAUAUACCCUCCUCGGGACUGGGAGUACAGGAGGAUUCAAGCAGGACUGCUGAGGGUGACUUGCAGGCAUUUACUGAUGCCAUUGCUGUGCACGGCCUCAGUGGGGCCAUGGCGAACGUCAGCGUGCGCUCAGGAGCACCUGGGUCCCCGUCGCACACGGGCAGCAAUUCUGCCUCGACACGUAGGCGCAGCAGCCUGCAGGAUGUGGACCUAAAUAGCUUUAUUGCCGAAGAGAUGGCCCGGCAUCUGGAGAGCUCAAGAAAGAGGGCUCCGGCCCAGUGUAACGAUGUUAUCACCGAGCCACCCAGUCACAAACGAAGCCGGAUGCUUUGAAGGGACACGAGAGCAAGCUCCCAAAUGACUGGAGGUGAUUCUGCAGCAGGCACCCGGGCAAUGGGAUGGGUGGAGUAGGAACCAAAAAAAAACAAGUAAACCUUUGGCCAAACUGUGGAGCAAAUGUUUAUUGAAUAAAAGUGUAUUGUGAUUACUUCAAUAUUGCCACACACUUGUACUUGAAAAUGCAAAUUCAGAGUGCAUUUUGAAGGGCACUGUGAAGAUUUCUGUCUGCACAUUGCCUGCAUAGUGCAUUAUACGUCAUUGGUAAUUUUCUUUUGGCACUUUAUUUAAUGGAAGUUUAGAGACUGAUCUGUAAAGGACUGGCUCGUAGGUACUUGACCCUUGUUCCUCCGUCUUGGUGCCUGUUCAUCAGGCAAUAAGCCAGCCCUUCCUUCCUGAUGUUAGUGUUGUGCUUUAUUUUGUAAACCAGGAAUUCAGACCUGGAACAUGACAGUGAACAAUUUUUCAGGUAUGUUUUUAUGGAUGGCAUAGGAAUGGCACGUUGCCAGGUCACUUCCUCCCUGAGCUUUGAGGCCUCACGUGUAAAGACUAGCUGUUAAAAUUUGCAGAGGAUGGUUGUUCCCUGGCUUGUCUACAAAGACCCCAGUAUUGUGUGCCUGCUUUCUUGUGUUCCUUCAUGUCUCCAUUUAAAAAGAACAUUUACCUUGAACUUGCAUCUCAAAGGUUCAUAGUCUUAAGGGUGUGGUACAUGCUUUAAAGCAGUGACUCUGGGAAAGCCGUGCUUGAAUGUUCCAACUAUUGCAAGGUCAAGGAAUUGUGAAAUGGUUUAAAAGUGUGGAUUGUAUCUGUUUGAAUUGUGAAAAACUUUGAAUUGCAAUGUUCUGGCUAAUCACAGUUGUGAAUCCAUUAAAUACUGAAGCAGCAAAA